AUGGCUCAGUAAAUUGAUUUACAAAGCAACAAUAUUAGACUUAAAUCUACUUCUGAACUCAAACUUAACUGUUCAGGCUGUACAAGACCUUUCACUAAAGAAUAAUUAGAUUAAAGAUUUGCUACCUUUCCUAUGACUUAAUAAAGCCUUUUGAAGUUCUACAUUAAGAGAAAUGAUGAGUAUCAAACUUGUCCUUCUUCUAAUUGCAAUAAUAUUGGUUGGACAAGUCAAGAUUGUAAAAAUCUAACUUGCAAUUAAUGUAAUAUUAAUUGGGAUAGUGGUUUAAAUAUACCAAACUCUCUUAAAAAAUUUAGUUUCUCAGAGCUUUUCACUAAACUUUUUAAGAUUUUUUUGACUAAAAAUUGUCCUUAAUGCACUGCUCCAAUAUAUAAAGUAGGUGGUUGUAAGAAAAUCAAAUGUAUAAAUUGUGAUAAAUUGUUCUGUUGGAAAUGUAAAUAAUUAGGCCAUUACACAUUUUCUUUAUAUUGCUUUUUGAUUUGCCUAUUUAAUUGUCUUUUAGUUGUCCUUCCUUUUAAUUAUUUACUCUACUAUUACGGAGUUUAUGAUCCAGCUAUCAAUUAACUUAAAGAAUUCUUUACAGUAGAAAACUUCUUUUAUUAAUAUGGAUUUAUUUACGUUUUUAGCUUUCUUUUCAGAUUAAUUUACAAAAAUGGUCUAGCAAUUUUGAUUCCAUUGAAUAUUUUUGAAAGGAAUAAUACUAUUAUAUGGAGAAUAUUAACUGCAGUUGAUAUCAUUCUUUGGUUUAUCUUCACCAGAUGGAUGGAAGUAGCAUAUUAUUUAUUAAUUACCCCAUAAAUAGUGUUUAGCUUAAUAUUAUUUUUUGAUUGA